AUGAGCGCCUCUCCUGCUCUCCGCAGCGCUGCCCGCGGCGCCGCACACCGCCUGCAGCAGCGUCCGUACUCGUCCUCGACAGCUGCGCCCCGACAUCUCAUGUCCAUUGCCGACCUCUCGCCGACGGAGUUUGCCAACCUCGUCCGCAAUGGCGCCGCGCGCAAGACCCAGGUCAAGUCGGGCCAGGCACCCGCUACCCUCCGCGACGGCAUGGCGGGCCAGACGGUCGCCAUGAUGUUUAGCAAGCGCAGCACCCGCACGCGCGUCUCGACGGAGGCCGCCGUCACGUUACUGGGCGGCCAUCCCAUGUUUCUGGGCAAGGACGACAUUCAACUGGGCGUAAACGAGUCACUAUACGACACGUCAAAAGUCAUCUCCUCAAUGACUUCAUGCAUGGUCGCUCGUGUCGGCCCGCACUCCGACGUCGCGGGACUGGCGAGGGAUUCGAGCGUGCCUGUCAUCAACGCCUUGUCCGAAGACUUCCAUCCCCUGCAGACGAUUGCCGAUUUUCUGACGCUACACGAGGCUUUUCCCUCGUCGAGCGCCACAUCUGGCGGCAGCCUUGGCCUCGAGGGCCGCAAGGUCGCCUGGGUUGGUGACUCGAACAAUGUGCUCUUCGACCUGGCCAUUGGCUGCGUCAAGAUGGGCGUCGACAUUGCCGUCGCCUCGCCUCAAGGCUACGGCAUUCCCGACUCCAUGAAGGCCGUCAUCAACGCAGCUGCGCAGGGCGUGUCCUCACCCGGCAAGUUGACGGAGACGAGUGUGCCGGAAGAGGCUAUCAAGGAUGCCGACGUAUUGGUGACGGAUACGUGGAUCUCCAUGGGCCAGGAGAGCGAGAAGAAGAAGCGUCUCGACGCUUUCGCGGGCUAUCAAAUUACGAAUGAACUGGCCAAGCGUGGUGGCGCAAAGGAUGGCUGGAAGUUUAUGCACUGCCUGCCACGACAUGCCGAAGAGGUUGCCGACGAAGUGUUCUACAGCGCAAGGUCCCUGGUAUUCCCCGAAGCCGAGAAUCGCCUAUGGGCUGCCAUUGCCGCGCUGGAAGGCUUCGUUGUGAACAAAGGCAAGUUCUAA